AAAAAACCGUAUCAUACCCAAAAUGCGUGCCGCUGUCCUCGUCGCCGCCGUCUUUGCCGCUACCUCCGCCUCGGCGUCCCCCAACCCCCUCAUUGGCGCCCGCCAGAUCUCGCUCGCGGGAUGCGAGGACACCUGCGACCCCGUCAUGGACUGGGCGCUCGUGUGCCGCACCAACAUCAACCAGUGCAUGAGCGACUGCAAUGCCCAGCUCAUCUCGCUCGCUGACCAGUGCGUCGCGUGCAUGCGCAUCAACAACCCCAGCGGCGCCGACUCGAUUGCCGCCCGUGUCAACUCGGUCCGCCAGAUGUGCGGCGGUGAGGCCGAGGCCGCCCCUUCAUCGGCUGCCCCCUCGUCGUCGGCCGCUCCUUCCGCCGAGCCUUCCGCCGCUGCUCCCUCGGCUGCCCCCUCGGCUGAGGAGGCCGUCGCCUCGGCUUCUGCCUCGCCCUCGGCCGCUCCUUCGGCCUCUGCUGCGCCCUCCGCUGCUCCCUCGGCUUCGGGCGCUGCUUCCGGUGCCGCCUCGGCUUCGGCUUCCGCCUCCGCCUCUGCCUCUGCCUCGUCGUCGGCUUCGAAGCCCGCCUCCAGCUCGGCGUCGGCUACGGGCUCCGCCGCCGCUACGUCCUCGGCCAAGCCCUCCUCGGCUGGCCUCACCGCUGGCGUCUCGGCCGGCGCUGUCGUCCUUGCCGCUGCCGCUUACCUCCUCUAAAUAAUAGAAUGUAGCAUGAACACUUGGC